AUGCCAGAGACAUGUGAUAAGAGCAAAAGGUGUGGACAACACCGAGUUCAACCACAACAUGACAACAUCAAACACCUGGAGGGACCACACCCUCCUCCUCCUCCUCCUCCUCUUCCUCUUCCUCCUCCUCCUGCUUCACCUCCUUCAACCGGGGAAGUGGUGUCACCGCCUGCCUCAGGAAGUCAGUGCUGGGGAAAUAUGGACGGUAUAAGGCUGAAGCAGCAGAGACCAUCAGUUCUGCGUCAAGUUGCCCAAACAGCUUUCAGACAAGAACAUGUGCAUCCAGAGAGUAGUACAGUCGUCUCCAUUUGCAAGGAAGAGGUGGAUGCAAGUCACCUUCCCCAGUCGUCUUCACCGCACAUGGGCUUGUCUCCCAGAGCUGUCCAUCAAUACCUCCCGUUAAGGACAGAUGGUCCAAAGCAGAACACCAUUGAGGCCAGGAUUUAUGAUAGCAUCAAUGAGGGGGCGAGUGCUCUGUUUGUGAGUGGCCUCUGCCGCUGGCCUGGUUGUGAUGCAGUGUCUGAAGAUUUCUCUAGUUUCUUAAAGCAUCUCCAUUCAGAACACAGGCAUGGUGACAGAAGCAUUGCUCAGUGGCGGGUCCAGCAGGAUAUUGUUCAGUACAUGGAGAGUCAGCUCAUUCUGGAAAAACAGAAACUCAUUGCGAUGCAACUUCACCUCUCUGAACAUAAAUACUCUGAUUUGAAGGCAGCUUCUGAGUGGCCAUACAGCCUUCCUUUAUUCCUGCCACAGCCCCAUGUAACCGACGGAGUCCAACAAUGGGACAUUAAGCGUAUGGAGGAAUUGGUCCAACAUGGCUACAGAGCUGUUGGAUCUGCCCCUACUUUACAAGAUCUGGUCACCAGUAGUGAAUGUUACAAGUACAACAACAUCAGACCACCAUACACCUAUGCUUACUUGAUAAGAUGGUCGAUCCUGGAGUCUCCAGACAAACAGCGUACUCUGAAUGAGAUCUACAACUGGUUCACUACCAUGUUCUUCUACUUCAGACACAACACUGCUACCUGGAAGAAUGCAGUCCGUCACAACCUGAGCCUUCACAAAUGUUUUGUGCGAGUGGAGGGAGGCAAAGGAGCAGUGUGGACAGUGGAUGAAAGAGAGUACCAAAGAAGGAAAGGCCAGAAGUAUCACAGAGAUUGCCCUGUGAAGUGGCUAACAUCCUGCUCCAUUUACAGCCCUGAGGACCCCUGAACACCAGCAGACAGUAGCUGGAGUCACAUCCACAUGUACUGGAAUAUUGCAAAAAGAAAUGAGUCUGUAGACUUGUUUCUUUGUGUCUUAUUUCCAAAUGACUUUUUUAAUGUGAUUGUAUGAUUUUUUUUUUUUUUUUUUUGCAAAACCAUAUUUUGUACUCAAGCCUGGCAACUGUUUUUGUACUUGUACUAAUCCAAAGAUUUGUUUUAAAAUAUGUGAAGGUAACAUUUAUGAGUGUUUGGUUAUCAUCCUGAUUUUACUCAUUUCUGGAUAGGACGUUUCUUUCAGGAAGUAGGCCAGUCGGUCAGACAUCUCUUACAUGGGCCGUUUAUAUCCUCCUACAUUGUCAUCUGCUCUUUAUACUUAGAUCUAGACAAAACAAUCAAUCAAAUCCAUUAAACAAAAUGGGUGUGAUACAAGUAGGUAUUUUGAUGCAUAACAUUAGUGGCAUCAGGAAUGUGGCUUAUGAAAUAAUCAGCAUAUCAAAUACUAACAGGGCUGACACCAUUGACAGUAUAUGAAAAAGAUUGAACUCUCCGUGAUGCAGGACUACCAAUAAAAAACGCAGCCUGGGAAUUUCCAAUCAUCAAAUUUAAACAUCAUCAAAAUUCUUUUUCUUUUUUUUUAAUCUUCAGAAUCUGUUCAUUUGUAUUGUGUCUUGUUAGGCUAAAAUGUGAAAGGAAUAAACCCAAUUUUCAAGGUUUUUCUCCUGAUGUUUGUGUGUGCAAAAGGCCAAAAAUAUCUAAGUUGGAUUAUGUAAUGAUUACCUGAAACCUAACUUGACUUCAUAGCUUCUUAUAUUAUCAGAAUUAUUUAAAAUAUUGCAACAUACUUGUUCAUUGUAUAUUCAUAGUACUUCUUGAAUGAAUCUCAUCAUAACAAUGACGUA